ACAAAAAAAACCCAUCAAGAAAACACUCCUCAGCUGAGACUACCACCACCAACCACUAGCUGAGCCGGCCGGCCAGCAGCAAGAUGGCGAACCUGAGAACAGCUAUGGAUGCGGGGUUUUGGGACCUCGACAUUGCCACUCCACAAUCCCUUGACGGGGUGGCCCGUUCAAUCCCAGGUGACCCUAUUCCAUUAGACGGCGCCAGAGCGAGUAGAGCCCUCAGAAUUCAGCAGCUGUCUUUACUGGGAAAUGGGUUUCCGCUAGGAAUCAUUCCCACUUGGUCUCCAACUCCUCAUAAAGAACUGGGUUCUUUUGCUCUUCAUUCCCUCUUGCUCAGAGCUGCCCCGACCGCAAAUUGGUGGCUUGGAUUAAUUGGGCAAUUCCGUCCGAAAAAGUUGAUUUCUUCCAUUAAAGCUGAAGUAUCUGCUGCAGAUGAAUGGGAAUUACCUGCGUUCAGAGAUGUUGCUAGACAUUUCCUAAACAAAUCACUUUAUUCGAUUGGUCUGUGCUCCCAGCUUGCUUUGACAUCCUCAGCUUCCAUUUUGUUGAGUUCAGAGAAGCAUGGAGAGAGGAAAGGACGUCGAUCUAGAGCCAUGCUCUUUUAUAAGCUUCCCACUCAUGACAUCACCUUGGAAGCAGCAUGGCCAGAGCUGUUUAUAGACAAUAGAGGAAGAUACUGGAAUGUUCCAGAAUCUAUAUCUCUUGACUGUUUGUCCCUUGUUUCUGAAUCUGGGUUGAGAUAUCGCUUUGGCAUUCAUAAAAAUGGUGGCCUUCCCAGUUCUGUUGAUUCCUCGAAUGCUGCCGAGGCACCACUUGCUUUAUUGCCAGGGUUUUGCGCAAAAGGUGCAGUUUCUUAUGAGAAGAGCCAAGACCUGUGGAGGCAAAGAGAGACGAAAGAGGAUCUCAUAGUAGAGACACCUAAUGGCAAGUUUUGGCGGCCUUCAUAUGAUGUUCGUCUUAAGGAACCUCAUUCAGCUAUAUCUGGAAUAAUUGGUGCUACUUGUGCAUCAUGGUUUGGUAAUGGGAAGAGUGUGGUUGCUGUUGAAUCAAGGGAAGCAGGGGAUGAUGACAUUCCUUAUAAUGCUAAGAGUAGAAGUCCUUUCAGUCUUGAUAUGUUUGGGUCAUUUUGCUAUACUUUCCAGCAUGGAAAAUUUAGAAAGUUGUUUGGGGACCUAUCAAGGAUAGAUGCCCGAUUGGAUGUCGCUUCAGUUUCGGCAUUAGCCAAGCAGAUUUCAAAUGUUGGGAAUGCUUCUUACAGUAAUGCAGAAAACUUUCCGUCUUUGCCGAGAUUCAAUGUUAUAUUGCAGCAGCAGGUUGUAGGACCUAUUGUUUUCCGAGUGGACUCUAGAUUUGUGCUUGAUUUGGCAAGGGGCAGCCGGGGUCCUCACUUUGAAGAUGCUGUUUUCAGCCUGAACUAUGCUUUGCGGCUCUUGCAAUCUGGGAAAGUUGUAGCAUGGUACUCUCCCAAAAGGAAGGAAGGGAUGAUCGAAUUACGCUUGUUUGAGUUUUAAUUUCUACCUCUAAUUUGUUUCGGUAGUUGAGGCAAUUUUGAUUUCAUUGUCCUUUUGUAUUAUACGCCUCGUAAUAGCAACACCUUACUUUUCUUAUAGUCAGUUGAUUUUUGCCAGAAAAUGUGCACCUUUCUGGAAAUUUUUGGCUGAAUGAAGAAGUUGGCAAACAUGAAAAUUUGAGCA